AGCUCAACAAGUGGCCUUCCAAAGCAUUGACCUUUAGUUCCGUUUCUACAUAUCCUCCUUUGCUGAACAAAACUAAACCCUUUAACUAUAUAUCUUCAUAUACUUGUUUUUUUGGAUCUUUUAUUCAAAAUCUAUAAAUUAUAUAAUAAGUCUUUGCCUUUCAUUUUUCUUUUUCAAGCUUCCAUUUAAUAGUCCUUCCUUGAAGUUUCCAUUUCUUGAUUAUAAUUUGAAAGCUCCGACUCCAACUACUAAAGAACAAAAUUUUCUCCAAUUAAAAAUCCCAACAAAAUUGCAAAAAAUUUUCUUUCAUAACUUGGAAAAUUUAAUCUCCGCAACCAAACUGUACAACCCAGAUUUUGUAAUCGCAUAAAGCCCCUACUAUUGUGUUUUACAUAUGGGUUUUUCGUUUUCACCCCUAAAACCCAGUGGUCUUUGAUCUACGUACAGCAAGGGUUACUUUAUAUGAGCUCCGGCAAGCAGCCGGCUACUAUCUCCGUCGACCUUAAUGAGGUUUAAGCAGGAGAGAGAUUUGAUUCUACUUCAUGGGUUUGGAGGAUAAGGAGGUGCAGAUGCUUCAAUCUUUUCCUUGAGGCGUGAGGACAAUUCUUAAGUUCUUAUGGCUGCCAAUGGCAAGAGAAACCGCUUUAAAGCCGGAGCUGUUCGCCGAUUUAUUUCUCUAGCACUAGUUACAGUAUUGGGGGUUUUACUACUGAUUGUUCUACUUGGAACAAAUUCAGGUUCAAAUCUUGGGACACGGUCUCUAAAUGACACACUUGAUAACUUGAGACCAAGUUAUAAUUAUUCAACACUUGAUCUCCCCAGACAAACUGAAUUGUCGAUUCAAUUGGAGAAGCUUAACCAGUUGCCCCCUAGGAAUAUUGAUCUAUAUCCAACUUUAGCCAAGGAUCAUAUAACCAUUGUUCUAUAUGUUCAUAAUAGGCCCAAAUAUCUCCAAGCAGUUAUUCAGAGCUUGUCGAAGGUAGAGGGAAUAAGUGAGACCUUACUCAUUGUUAGCCAUGAUGGCUACUUCAAAGAAAUGAAUAAGAUUGUGGAAAGUAUCAAAUUUUGCCAAGUGAAACAGAUAUUUGCCCCUUACUCACCCCAUCUCUUUCCUGAUAGCUUUCCUGGUGUUUCGUCUGAUGAUUGCAAGGAUAAGGAUGAUGCAAAAGCGAUGCACUGUGUAGGCAAUACCGAUCAAUACGGAAACCAUCGGUCACCAAAGAUUGUGUCAUUGAAGCAUCACUGGUGGUGGAUGAUGAACACAGUAUGGGAUGGACUGAAGGAGACAAAGGAGCAGUCAGGUCAUAUUCUUUUCAUAGAGGAGGAUCAUUUCAUUUUUCCUAAUGCUUAUCGCAACUUGCAGAUUCUCGCAGCAUUGAAGCCUCUGAAAUGUCCAGAUUGCUACGCUGCAAAUUUGGCACCUUCUGAUGUGAAUUCGAGAGGAGAAAACUGGGAAAGUUUGGUUGCUGAGAGAAUGGGAAAUGUGGGUUAUUCCUUUAACCGAACUGUUUGGAGAAAAAUUCAUAUGAAAGCAAGAGAAUUUUGUUUCUUUGAUGAUUACAAUUGGGAUAUAACAAUGUGGGCAACAGUUUAUCCCUCAUUCGGUGGUCCUGUUUACACACUACGGGGACCAAGGACUAGUGCUGUUCAUUUUGGGAAAUGCGGUUUGCAUCAGGGUCAUGGAGAGAAAAAUGCUUGUAUUGACAAUGGUGCAUUAAAUAUUGUAGUAGAAGAUACUGACAAGGUGCCAAAUAUAAAUAUGAAGUGGAAUGUGCAAGCUUAUGAGCAUCAGCCAGGGUAUAAAGCCGGGUUCAAGGGCUGGGGAGGCUGGGGCGAUGACAGAGACCGCCAGCUGUGUUUGAAAUUCGCUGAGAUGUAUCACCUGACAGGCACUAGUUCUACAAUCUGAGGAUUGUGUUUUGAUAUUUGAAGUUAUCUUACAAUUAUCAUAGGUGAGGUCCUAAGAGAGUUGAGAAUGAGCUGAGAUGUAUGAUUGUAAUAUCUUACAGAUUUUUGCACGUUGCUUUAAUGAAACUUGUUUUUGGUAAUUAUUCUUUCAA